UCCCCGCCUUUUUGCGAGCAGGCCUGGCAGUUCAGUUGAAGACCUGAGAUGAAAGAGCUGGGCUCUGCAUGAAAUGUUCUGAGGAGCAUUUCCGAUAAAAUUCUCUUCCAUAGAGGAGAUGUGAUGUAUCCCUUUCCCACACUGUGUCAUUUCCGAUUUCCCCCAAAUAUAAUUUCCUGCUCAGUUAGCUGUGGUAUUUGCCUCAACAGGGUGUCCAGUUAGGCCUUCAGGCUCACCAACACCUUUGCUGUUGACCAGUGGUGAAGAUUUUACUGGUCAUUUUCUUUGCCUGUUUUUAAUGUAGAAAGCUUUUUCAGAUAGCCUUGACAUCACUGUGGAGGGAAACUUUGGUCCAGAAAGGAAACUCCUUCCACAUGUGGAGGGAAAUUUGAUGAAGAAAAUCUACAAAUGCUGACUAAGGGCCAGUGAGGGGAUAUUUUUGACUUCUCUUGGACAGUUUUGGCUGGUGUUAGAGAGCCAAACUUGUGAGAGAAAUCACAGAGCCCGCUAAAACGAGAGUUAACAGCUGAGUCAAUUGCUCUAAUUGAGCAUGAAGAAAAUUAGUGAGGUCAAUCUUGACAAACUUUUAGAGAGUUUUUCACAAAUAGAAAAGAAGACCUUCGCAUCAGCUGCGGUGGCGCACCGGGGAAGCAGCUUGCCUAAAGUGCAAGAGGAUGUUUGUUCAAAUUCCUGCCAGCGUGCUUCACAGACUGUGCCUGAAUGUGCUACCCUCCAGAAUAUGAUUAAGGGUCUUCAACAAACGAUAGAAAACCUGUGUCAUCUGAGAGGUGCUUUUUGCAAUAUUUCCCUCUACAAAGAUGAAAAUGAGAGGCUGAAGAACACUGUCCAUAUUUCUGAGAAGACAUUAAAGACCCAUGAACAGGAAUAUAAGAAUCAGAUUGACAGGCUGAUGAGAGAAAUUGAAAGCAAGGGGAAGGAACACAAGCUUGAACAAAGAAAGAUUUACUGUGACAUGAACAAGAAAAUUGAAACCAUGGAGGAGGAACACAAACAACUUAUAGAGAAGAAAGAUCUGGAGAUUUUGGAAUUAACUAGACAACUGAGAGAUCAAGAAAAGGAAAAGCAGAAUGAGAUCAUAAAAUUGCAAAUAGAGUUCAAUGAAAAACUGGUAAGAAUUCAGAACAAAGCACCCAAACCCUAUCCAGCUCCCACUGCAUUGCCACUGCAUCAAAGUAUCUACAGACGGAAGCUUCAGCACCUUCAAGAAGAGAAGAACAAGGAAAUUGAGGUUCUCCGCAACACCAUCAGAGAUUUAGAACAGAAGCUCAGCAAAGGUCAAGAUUCCCGUCUCAGGUGGCGCCAGUUUUGAUCAUUACUUGAAAACAACACAAGCUGUGAAAAGUGUUGUGAUAAGGCAAUGGAUAGCCAGACUUUUCUUGUUUAUUAAAAAAUCCCUUGUCAAGUG